AUGCCCUCGCAGUUUCUCUGGAGUUUGGUUAUUUUUCUGACAUUUUCUGAGUUAGAUGGUGAAACUGGAGGACCUGAGCUGCAGAGACACAAAAGAAACACUGAUGUCCAACAACCUCGGAUUGCUACUGAGAGCGGCAAUUUAGUGUUUCUUACUGGUUCUGCCCAAAACAUCGAAUUUAGACCUGGAUCCCUUGGAAAAAUAAAGUUAAAUGAUGAAGACCUCAGUGAAUGUUUACAUCAGAUCCAGAGAAACAAAGAUGAUAUUAUAGAUUUAAAAAAGGGUACAGUGCCUCAAAAUAUAUCUAGUCAAAUCCUUCAGCUUAACGCUAAGCUUGUGGAUCUUGAGAGAAAAUUUCAAAGCUUACAGCAGACAGUUGACAAAAGAGUGUGCAGCAGCAAUCCCUGCCAAAACGGUGGAACCUGCCUCAACCUGCACGAUUCCUUUUUUUGUAUAUGCCCAUCACAGUGGAAGGGUCCUCUCUGCUCAGUUGACGUUAAUGAAUGUGAGAUUUAUUCCGGAACACCCUUGAGCUGCCAGAACGGAGGCACAUGUACAAAUACAGUGGGGAGUUACAGUUGUAGCUGCUCACCUGAUACAUAUGGACCCCAGUGUGCUUCCAAAUACAAUGACUGUGAAGGGGGAUCUAAGGUGCGCUGUGUCCAUGGAUUCUGCGAGGACUCAGUCCGAGAGCAGGCCGGAGAGCCCAAGUACAGCUGCAUGUGCGAUGCUGGAUGGAAAUCUCCGCCAAACAGCCCUGCCUGCACGCUGGAUAUCGAUGAGUGCAGCCUCCAGCCUGCGCCUUGUGACUCACUUGUACAGUGUUUCAACACUCCAGGGUCCUUUUAUUGUGGGGCCUGUCCAUCAGGCUGGCAAGGGAAUGGAUACAAUUGCCAAGAUAUCAAUGAAUGUGAGAUGAAUAAUGGGGGCUGUUCUGAGGUCCCACCUGUUGAGUGUGUGAAUACACCUGGAUCUUACCACUGUAAGGCCUGUCCACCAGGAUACCAGGGCAAUGGGAGAGUGUGCACCCUGAUUGACAUCUGCUCGGUCAACAAUGGAGGCUGUCACCCACAUGCUUCAUGCUCCUCGGUUCUAGGUUCUUUACCUCUUUGUACCUGCCUCCCGGGAUAUACUGGAAAUGGCCAUGGGGCAAAUGGAUGUAUACAACUCAGUAAUAUUUGCCUUAGUCACCCCUGUUUAAAUGGACAAUGCACUGAAACCGUCUCUGGCUAUCUUUGUAAAUGUGAGCCAGGUUGGGCUGGUAUCAACUGUACAGAAAACAUCAAUGAAUGUUUGAGCAGCCCCUGUUUGAAUGGGGGAACGUGUGUUGAUGCUGUUAAUGGUUUCAGUUGUGAGUGCACCAGUGCCUGGACUGGACCUCAUUGUCAGAUUGCCCAGCAAGUUUGUGGAGGGUCACUGACUGGGAUGUAUGGAACCUUCAGCUACAGUAGCUCUGGCAUUGGUUAUGUUCAUGAUGUUAACUGCUUCUGGGUCAUACGAACUGAAGAGGGAAAGGUCUUGCGCAUCACUUUCACAUUUUUCAAAUUAGAAUCAGUGGACAACUGUCCAUAUGAAUUUCUUCAGAUUUAUGAUGGAGAAUCAUCUGCAGGAUUCCAACUUGGAAGAUUCUGUGGCUCCAGCCCUCCUCAUGAACUUCUCAGCAGUGACCAUGCGCUCUACUUCCAUUUUUACUCUGAGCAUUUAAGAAAUGAGAGAGGCUUUACAGUAAAAUGGGAAACACAGCAACCUGAGUGUGGCGGAAUAAUGACUGGUGCUUAUGGUUCAAUUACAUCUCCGGGAUAUCCCGGAAACUAUCCCUCUGGAAGAGAUUGUGUAUGGAAAAUUAUGAGCAGUCCUGGCCUCCUGAUAACGUUUACUUUUGGAACCUUGAGCCUGGAGAACCAUGAUGAUUGCAGCAAAGAUUAUCUUGAGAUUCGAGAUGGUCCUUUGUUUAAGGAUCCUGUUCUUAGAAAAUUCUGCACCACUCUUUCUGUCCCACCACUCCAGACUACAGGUCCUUUUGCCAGAAUUCAUUUCCAUUCUGAUAGCCAGAUUAAUGAUAAAGGCUUCUACAUCACCUAUUUAACAUCACCUUCGGAUCUUCCUUGUGGAGGAAGGUAUGAGGACCCAGAGGGUGAGCUCCUGUUAUCUGACUUGCAAGGACCCUUGACUCACAGCAGUCAGUGCAUCUACAUAAUUGAACAACCUCCUGGAGAACAAAUACAAAUCAACGUUACCCAUGUGGAACUGGGAGGCCAGACUGGCUGUUCUCCAAGUUAUGUUGAGGUUCUAGAUGAUGACAUUAUACUUGGAAAAUUCUGUGGCAACUCAACCAUCUCUCACAUUUACUCUAUCACAAAUAGAAUUUGGGUCAGGUUUAAAAUAGAUGCUUCCAUUGAAAAAGUUGGUUUCAGAGCUGUUUAUCAAAUAGCUUGUGGAGGUGAAUUAACUGGAGAUGGCAUCAUUCGCUCUCCUUUGUAUCCUAACGUAUAUCCUGGAGAAAAGAUCUGUCGAUGGGCCAUCAACCAACCCCAAAGCCAGGUAGUUCUUUUCAAUUUCACUGGCUUUGAAAUCGGAAGUUCUGCCCACUGUGAUACAGACUAUAUUGAGAUUGGCAGUAGUUCCAUUUUGGGCUCUCCUGAAAAUAGGAAGUAUUGUGGCACAGACAUCCCUUCACUUAUAACAUCUGUAUAUAAUUUUCUAUUUGUCACAUUUGUGAAAAGUUCUUCAACUCAAAAUCACGGCUUCAUGGCUAGGUUCAGUACUAAGGAUUUAGUUUGUGGAAAAAUUCUUACAGAGUCCGCAGGAACCAUUCAAAGUCCUGGUCAUCCAAACAUCUAUCCCCAUGGUAUCAAUUGUACCUGGCAUAUAUUAGUCCAACCUGGCCAGCUGAUUCGUUUAAUAUUCAUAAAAUUUCACCUGGAGUUUCAUUACAAUUGCACAAAUGAUUAUCUUGAAGUUUAUGACUUUGGCUCUGAAAUCUCUCUUGGAAGGUAUUGUGGAAAGUCGAUUCCACCUUCUCUUACUAGCAGUACCAACUCAUUAUUGCUCGUGUUUGUGGCUGACUCUGACCUGGCUUAUGAAGGCUUUCAAAUAAAUUAUGAAGUGAUAAAUGAAGCAACAGCAUGCUUACAAGACUAUACAACUGAAUCUGGAACACUCACUUCUCCAAACUUCCCCAAUAAUUACCCCAACAACUGGGAAUGCAUUUAUAGGAUCACGGUGGGAACCAGCCAACAGAUUUCAUUGCAAUUCACAGACUUCUCUUUGGAGGAAGCAAGUGGUCAUUGUGCAGAUUUUGUGGAAAUCAGAGACGGAGGUUAUGAAAAUUCACCAUCCCUUGGAAUAUAUUGUGGCUCAAAUCUGCCUCCAAUAAUCAUCUCUCAUAGUAACAAACUAUGGCUCAAGUUUAAGAGUGACGUAUUUGACUCAAGGUCUGGAUUCUCAGCUAACUGGGAUGGGUCAGCAACAGGUUGUGGUGGCAAUCUGACAACUCCCAGCGGCAUCUUCAUGUCUCCCAACUACCCGAUGCCAUAUUACCACAGCUCUGAAUGUUACUGGUGGUUGAAAUCCAGUCAUGGAAGCCUGUUUGAACUGGAAUUCAAAGACUUCCACUUGGAGUAUCAUCCAAACUGCACUUUGGAUUAUCUAGCUGUAUAUGAUGGCCCAAGCACCAACUCUCAUCUGCUAACUCAGCUUUGUGGGGAUAAGAAACCACCUCGUAUCCGUUCUACUGGAGACAGCAUGUCUUUAAAACUGAGGACAAAUGAAGGUCAACAAGGAGGUGGCUUCCUGGCCAGCUAUAGACAGAUAUGUGAGAACGUGGUGAUUGUCAAUGGAACUUACGGCAUUUUGGAGAGUAUACAUUAUCCAUAUCCUUAUUAUGCCAAUCAACGUUGCAACUGGACCAUCCAAGCAACAAGUGGCAACACUGUGAACUACACGUUUCUGGCAUUUGAAUUAGAAAAUCACAUCAACUGCUCUGCAGACUAUUUAGAGCUCUAUGACGGAUCACAGAGGAUGGGACGCUACUGUGGAACAGAUAUUCCCCCUCCGGGGAGUACCACAGGCUCCAAGCUUCAUGUGCUAUUCUACACUGAUGGGGUUGGUAACCACGAGAAAGGAUUUCAGAUGCAUUGGUUCAUUCAUGGUUGUGGCGGAGAGCUUUUUGGGGAAACAGGCUCCUUCAGCAGCCCAGGGUAUCCUAACAGGUACCCGCCCAACAAGGAGUGUAUCUGGUACAUUAGCACAGCCCCGGGAAGUAGCAUUCAGCUCAACAUCCAUGACUUUGAUGUGGAGUAUCAUGCAAGCUGCAACUAUGACUCCUUGGAGAUCUACGGGGGUCCUGAUUUUCAUUCUCCCAGAAUAGCCCAACUAUGUGUCCAAAGAUCAGCUGAAAACCCCAUGCAGGUCUCCAGCACUGGAAAUGAGCUAGCAAUCCGGUUUAAGACUGACAACUCCAUACAUGGGAGAGGCUUCAAUGUCUCAUGGCAAGCAGUCCCUGGAGGUUGUGGUGGCAUUUUCAAGAUUCCCAGUGGAGAGAUUCAUUCUCCAAAUUACCCUAAUCCUUACAGGAGUAACACUGAAUGUUCCUGGGUCAUUCAGGUUGAAAGAAACCACCGUGUUCUUUUGAACUUCACAGACCUUGACCUCGAACCUCAGGAUUCUUGUGUUAUGGCAUACGAUGGCUUAAACUCUGCAACCACUCGCCUUGUCAGUGUGUGUGGAAGACAGCAGCUGACUAACCCUAUCACCUCUUCAAGAAAUACCCUUUCUGUGCGAUUUCAGUCUGGUACUUCCAGACAAAGCAGGGGCUUCCGAGCUCGCUUCAGGCAAGCGUGUGGAGGCUUCCUUUUCACUAAGUCCUUUGAUACCAUUUCCUCUCCAUUGUUCCCUGCCAAGUAUCCCAAUAAUCAGAACUGCAGCUGGGUCAUUCAAGCUCAACCUCCAUUCAAUCAUAUAACCCUCUCUUUCACUCACUUUGGACUUGAAAGCAGCCCAGCAUGUUCACAUGACUUCUUAGAAAUUUUGGACGGCAGCGACCAUGAUGCACCUCUCCGAGGUCGUUAUUGCGGCAUCUCUAUGCCACAUCCCAUCACUUCUUUCAGCAAUGCCCUGACGCUGAGGUUCGUCUCUGAUUACAGAGGGAACUAUGAUGGUUUUCAUGCUUCAUAUGCUGCAUCAUCAUCAGCUUGUGGUGGGAUCUUCCACAUGGUUGAGGGCAUGUUCAACAGUCCUGGCUACCCAGAACUUUAUCCUACUAAUGUGGAGUGUAUCUGGAACAUAGUCAGUUCCCCUGGCAACCAGCUCCAGCUAUCUUUCAUAACUUUCCAAUUGGAGGAAUCUCAGGACUGUAGCAAAGAUUUUGUGGAGAUCCGGGAAGGAAAUGCCACAGGUCACUUGGUGGGACGAUACUGUGGCCACAUUCUCCCUCUCAAUUAUUCAUCCAUUGUUGGGCAUAUCCUGUGGGUCAGAUUUGUCUCAGAUGGCUCGGGCAGUGGCAUGGGCUUUCAGGCCACAUUUAUUAACAUAUUUGGCAAUGACAAUAUUGUGGGAUCUCAUGGGAAAAUUGCCUCUCCCUUAUGGCCUGGAAAUUACCCCCAUAACUGCAAUUAUCAAUGGAUAGUAAAUGUGAAUGACUCUCAAGUUAUUCAUGGUAGAAUUUUGGAGAUGAACAUUGAAGCAACAAAUGACUGCUAUUAUGACAAAUUAAGGAUUUAUGAUGGGCUUGGCAUUCAUUCCCGUCAAAUUGGAAUUUACUGUGGUACCCAGACUGCAUCCUUUAGCUCCUCUAGGAAUUCUUUGACAGUUCAAUUUUAUUCGGACUCUUCAGUCUCAGGGAAAGGAUUCCUUCUGGAGUGGUUUGCAGUGGACAUUUCUGCUGGACUUUCACCUACCAUUGCUACAGGUGCUUGUGGUGGGUUCCUGAGGACAGGAGAUGCGCCAGUCUUUCUUUUCUCCCCAGGGUGGCCUGAAAACUAUGAGAAUCGGGCUGACUGUACAUGGCUUAUCCAGGCUCCUGAUUCAACUGUGGAACUCAACAUCCUUUCCCUGGACAUUGAAUCUCAUCGGACAUGUAACUAUGAUCAACUUGUAAUAAGAGAUGGAGACAGUAACCUGGCUCAGAAACUAGCAGUUCUGUGUGGCAGAGAAAUCCCGGGGCCCAUCAGGUCUACUGGAGAGUACAUGCUGAUCCAGUUCACCUCGGACAUCAGUGUAACCGGGGCAGGCUUCAAUGCAUCCUUUCAUAAGAGUUGUGGUGGCUAUUUGCAUGCAGACAGAGGGGUUUUCACAUCCCCCAUGUAUCCUGAAGCCUACCCUCCCAAUCUCAACUGCUCUUGGCAUGUUCUGGUUCAGAGAGGUCUGACCAUCGCUAUUCAUUUUGAACAGCCGUUCCAGAUUCCAAAUGGAGACUCUUCUUGCAACCAGGGGGAUUAUCUGGUGCUAAAAAAUGGACCUGAUAUUUAUUCUCCGCCCUUGGGACCGCAUGGAGGACACGGUCAUUUUUGUGGUAGUCAUCCUUCAUCUACCAUAUUCACCUCAGAUAAUCAAAUGUUUGCUCAGUUUAUUUCUGAUAAUAGCAGUGGAGGACAAGGAUUUAAGGUCAAAUAUGAAGCAAAGAGUUUAGCUUGUGGGGGCAAUAUUUAUAUCCAUGAUGCUGAUUCUGAUGGGUAUGUGACCUCCCCCAACCACCCUGACAAUUACCCCCAACAUGCCGACUGCAUUUGGAUCCUCUCCGCUCCUCCCGGAAAGCUCAUACAGCUGCAGUUUGAAGAACAAUUCAAUAUUGAAGCAACACCCAACUGUGCUUCCAAUUAUCUUGAGUUGCGGAAUGGAGCUGAUUCCAGUGCGCCAAUACUUUCCACGUUUUGUGGGACGUCUUUGCCUAGCACUCAGUUGUCUUCAGAAGAAGUCCUGUACAUGAGGUUCCGGUCUGAGAACAGCCCCACUCAUGUUGGAUUCAAGGCUAAGUACUCCAUAGCCCUGUGUGGAGGAAGAGUGACAGGGCAAACUGGAGUCAUAGAAAGCAUUGGGUAUCCAACACUUCCUUAUAGAGACCAUUUAUUCUGUGAGUGGCGUCUCCAGGGUCUCUCGGGACACUAUUUAACCAUCUAUUUUGAAGACUUCAACCUUCAGAAUUCCUCCAACUGUGAAAAAGACUUUGUGGAAAUCUGGGGAAACUAUACAAUUGGAAAUAAAUUGGGCAGAUUCUGUGGAAACAGCAUUCCUGAUAGCAUGGACACUUCUGGCAAUGUUGCUUUGGUCAGGUUUGUCACAGAUGGCUCAGUUACUGCCUCAGGAUUCAGAUUGAGGUUUGAAUCUAGCAUAGAAGAGUGUGGUGGGGAACUACAGGGUCCUACUGGAACAUUUGCUUCUCCCAAUUAUCCGAACCCAAAUCCUCACAGCCGGAUCUGUGAGUGGAGAAUCACUGUGCAGGAAGGAAGGCAGAUCACUCUUACUUUUAACAACCUGAGACUGGAAGCUCAUCCAUCCUGUAACAAUGAGCGUGUGACAGUAAUCAAUGGCAUUAGAAAUAAUUCACCCCAAUUAGAGGAACUGUGUAGUAGUGUGAAUGUAAGUGACCAGAUCAAAUCUUCAGGAAAUACAAUGAAAGUCAUUUUUUUCACUGAUGGAUCCAGGCCAUAUGGGGGCUUCAUUGCUUCCUAUACAUCCAGUGAAGAUGCAGUGUGCGGCGGGUCUCUUACAAAUUUCCCUCAAGGAAACUUUACAUCUCCUGGCUAUAAUGGAUUUAGAAACUAUGCAAGUAACCUAAACUGUGAAUGGAGUCUCAGUAAUCCAAACCAGGGAAAUUCAUCCAUUUACAUUUAUUUUGAGAAUUUUCAUCUAGAAAGUCACCAAGACUGCCAAUUUGAUGCCCUUGAGUUUCGUGCGGGAGAUGCUAAUGGACCUCUGAUAUGGAGACUUUGUGGCCCUUCAAAACCUACAAUGCCAUUGGUCAUACCUUACCCUCAGGUCUGGAUACACUUUGUCACCAAUCAGCAUAUAGAACAUGUUGGCUUCCAUGCGGAGUAUUCCUUUACAGACUGUGGCGGGAUACAGAUAGGUGAGAGUGGAGUGAUUCUAAGUCCUAACUAUCCAGCCUCAUAUGACAACUUGACCCACUGUUCUUGGCUGCUGGAAGCCCCACAAGGCCACACCAUCACUCUUACAUUUAGUGACUUUGAUAUUGAACUGCAUAGAACUUGUGCUUGGGAUUCAGUCACCAUCAGGAAUGGUGGCUCUCCUGGGUCACCUAUAAUAGGACGGUAUUGUGGAAGUUCAAACCCCAGGACAAUCCAGUCUGGCUCCAACCAGCUGGUGGUGAUUUUUAACUCAGACCUUUCACAGCAACAUAGAGGAUUUUAUGCUACAUGGAUCACACAAACUUUAGGCUGUGGUGGAAUACUUCACUCAGACAAUGGUACAAUCCGAUCCCCUCACUGGCCUCAGAAUUUCCCCGAGAACAGCAGAUGUUCGUGGACAGUCAUUACUCAUGAAAGUAAACACUUGGAGAUCAGCUUUGACAAUAACUUCCUAAUCCCCAGUGGUGCAGGACAGUGUCAGAACAGCUUUGUGAAGGUAUGGGCAGGAACCGAGGAGAUUGACAAAGCUCUUUUAGCCACAAGCUGUGGGAACGUGGCUCCCGGUCCCAUCAUCACACCGAGAAAUACAUUCACUGCUGUGUUCCAGGCUCAGGGCGAUCCAGCUCAGGGCUUCUCUGCAUCCUUUGUAAGCCGAUGUGGAAGUAAUUUCACUGGUCCAUCAGGUUACAUCAUUUCUCCAAACUACCCAAAGCGAUAUGACAACAAUAUGAAUUGCACCUACAUCAUUGAGACUGAUUCUCACUCCUUGGUCCUCUUGACUUUUGUGUCUUUUCAUUUGGAAGCUCGCUCCGCCAUUGAAGGCAGUUGUAUCAAUGAUGGCGUGCACAUUAUUAGAGGUUACAACUUAUCUUCUGCACCGUUUGCUACCCUGUGCGGUGAUGAUACCCUGGCUCCAAUCACCAUCUCUGGUCCAGUGCUGCUUAACUUCUACUCUAACGCACACAUCACAGACUUUGGAUUCAAGUUUUCCUAUCGGAUAACCCCCUGUGGUGGUGUGUUUAACUUCUCCACUGGAACCAUCCGGAGCCCCGCCUAUUCGUAUGCAGACUACCCUAACAAUAUAUACUGUUUGUAUGUCAUCACCGUUAGAGACGACAGAGUGAUUCAACUCAAGUUCAGUGAUUUCGAUGUGGUUCCUUCCACCUUUUGCUCCCAAGACUACCUGGCAAUUUAUGAUGGUUCUAACAACAGUGAUCCCCUUCUUGGAAAAUUCUGUGGCUCCAAGCUUCCGCCAAAUGUUAAGAGCAACAAUAACAGUUUGCUCCUGGUGUUCAAGACAGAUUCAUUCCAAAGUGCAAGAGGAUGGAAGAUAUCUUUCCGACAGACGUUAGGACCUCAGCAAGGAUGUGGAGGUUAUCUGACAGGUUCAAAUUAUACCUUCGUGUCUCCUGAUUCUGAUUCAAAUGGAAGAUAUGACAAAAAUUUAAACUGUGUAUGGUUCAUAAGUGCACCUUUAAACAAAUUAAUUAAACUCACCUUUAAUACAUUUGCUCUGGAGGCAGUGGCUACUUUACAAAGAUGCAUUUAUGAUUAUGUCAAGCUGUAUGAUGGGGAUAGUGAAAAUGCCAACUUGGCUGGAACCUUUUGUGGUUCCACUGUACCUGCUCCUUUUACCUCUUCCGGCAACUUCCUUACGAUUCAGUUUGUCAGCGACUUAACUGUAGAAAGAGAAGGAUUUAAUGCUACAUACACCAUUGUGGACAUGCCUUGUGGGGGAACCUAUAAUGCAACUUCAUCCCCAAAAAGUUUCUUGUCUCCAAACUCAUCAAGCCCAGAUGUUCCAUUUGACAUGUGUACUUGGGUUAUUGAAGCUCCUCCUCAUCAACAGGUCAAGAUAACAGUGACAACAUUACAGCUUUACUCACAAGACUGCUCACAGAAUUACUUGGAGUUUCGGGACUCCCCAGAGAGUCAUGGAAAUCCAGGAACCCGGUUCUGUGGCAGCAAUGUAUCAGCUGUUCCAGCACUUUAUUCUUCUAUGCGUACGGCAAUUGUUGUGUUCAAAUCUGAAGUUUUUAGCAGAGACUCUAGAAUGGGUUUUACCUAUCAGAUUGCAGAUUGCAACAGACAAUAUAACAAGGCCUUUGGCCAUCUGAAGAGUCCCGGAUGGCCAGAUUAUUAUAACCACAACCUGGAUUGCACCAUUAUUCUCACAGCACCACAGAACCAUACUAUUUCCCUGUUUUUUCAUUCAUUUAACAUUGAGGAGUCAAGCGAAUGCACACAUGAUUUCUUGGAGGUAAGGAAUGGAAGUAAUAGCAGUUACCCAUUACUUGGCAAAUAUUGUGGAAAUCUACUGCCAAACCCUGUCUUCUCUCAAAACAAUGAAUUAUACCUACGAUUUAAAGCUAAUAAUGUCAUUUCCAGUCAUGGAUAUGAAAUCAUCUGGACUUCAUCGCCCUCUGGUUGUGGUGGAAUUCUUUAUGGAGACAGUGGUUCCUUCACCAGCCCUGGCUACCCAGACACUUACCCUAACAACACUCACUGCGAGUGGGCCAUCACCGCUCCUUCUGGGAGGCCGGUCACAGUCACCUUUUACUUUAUCAGCAUCGAUGAUCCAGGAGACUGUGUCCACAACUAUCUCAUUCUCUAUGAUGGACCAGAUGAGCAUUCCCCAUCCACUGGACCAUACUGUGCAUCAGACACAGAGAUAGCUCCAUUUGUAUUUUCUUCACAUCACGUCUUCAUAAAAUUUCAUUCUGAGUAUGUGGUGCAGCCAUCAGCAUUCCGGUUAACGUGGGACAGCUAA